UUCUUAAAAGAGGAUAACGAAUCGCUUCUCUUCUAUUCUAAUCCAAGUUUCUUUCUUUUCUCUGUUUUUACUCUCUCUUUUUUUCUCGUUGGAUAGAAUGGGAACGGUUCUGGAUUCGCAUUUCCUGUCUCUCACUGCCAUUGUCACUGUGGUUUACCAGUUAAUAUUCUUUGUAAUCACAGCUCUUUUCAAGAUCGAUCAAGUCACUGACUUUGCAGGAAGCACAAACUUCGUUAUACUUGCUCUACUGACUCUUGUUCUUAAAUCCACGUGGCAUUUUCGCCAGAUAGUCUUGACUUUGCUGGUUGUGGUAUGGGGUCUUCGCUUGGGAACAUUUCUUCUAAUGAGGAUCCUGCAAUGGGGUGAAGAUCGACGCUUUGACGAAAUGCGUCAAAAUCUGGUGAAACUAAUAGUUUUCUGGACUUUUCAGGCCGUGUGGGUUUGGACCGUGAGCUUACCUCUAACCGUCGUUAACUCAAGUGAUGAUGGUGGAGGAGGAUCUCUUAAACCCGCAGAUGUUAUCGGCUGGACGAUGUGGGUUUUCGGUUUCUUGAUUGAAGCUGCGGCUGAUCAACAGAAGCUCUCUUUUAAAAACGCUCCAGAGAACAGAGGUAAAUGGUGUGAUGCUGGUCUUUGGAAGUAUUCAAGACAUCCAAACUACUUUGGUGAGAUGUUACUGUGGUGGGGAAUCUUUGUGGCUGCAUCGCCUGUUCUAGAAGGUGCUGAGUAUCUUGUAGUGUUCGGACCAGUCUUUCUCACUUUGCUACUUCUUUUCGUCAGCGGCAUACCUUUACUAGAGGCAUCGGCUGACAAAAAGCAUGGCCACUUGGGAGCUUACCGAUUCUAUAAGAAGAGUACAAGUCCUCUGAUUCUUUUGCCGAGAGGAGUGUAUGGGAACUUACCAGGAUGGUGCAAGAGAGUCUUUCUCUUCGAGCUUCCUUUUUACAGUAGGAAUCUACCUGAAGAAGCUGCUAUUUAAAAGCUAAAGGAGCCCUCCAAGAGAGUAUCAGCUGCAAGAUUACUCUAAUUUGUGAUUUAGAAAAUAAAAUUCUGAGUUUCUAUCAUUACAACACUCUCUAGAUGAGAUUGUGUAAGAAAAGAUUGCAUGUAAGAAACUGAAUUUGAUUGCGCGUAAAAAAGCAUCCAAAGCAAACAGAUGAAAACAUCA